AUGUCGGUAUCUAGAUAUCUCCCGUUUGCUUCAAGGACAACAGACGCGCAAGCAGUGACUUAUCUUUUGGCCGUGUGUCUUUUUUCGAUCUCCUUUUUAGUUUUUCUCAAUAGUAGCGUGUCAUUCGUUAUCACUGAUCUCAUUGGAGUAAAAGAAGGCGUGGGGGAUCUGGCGGGCACUCUCGGGUUUGCGGAUGAAUUGGUUGCUUUGUUAGCUUGUCCCGCGUGGGGAAUUCUUAGUGAUAGACUCGGUGUUCGGGUGGUUUGCGUUCUAGGGUACCUCAUUGUUGGCCUUGCAUUGAUCUUAUUCGUGCAAGCAAAGAAUGUCUUCCCACAACUAUUACUUGCGAGAUUAUUCUUUUCUGUGGGGGGAGCUGCUACUGCGACGAUGGUGACCGCAAUCCUACCUUCAAUGUCUGCCCGAGAGACCAACGAUUCGCAGAGUUCCCCUAUUUCGAGAUCAGCCUUGCCGGAGAACGUCCGCCAUAGUAUUGCGACUGAGUCUAUAGAUUCCGAGAUUACCAUAACCCCUACCAAUUAUAAUGAUCGACGUGGGACCCCCCUUGGCGGCCACUCAAAAUCCAUGAAGCAAACCGGAUCGAGCCCCCCGCGUUUGGCCGGCUUGGUUGGAUUAUUUACAGGUUGCGGGGCACUUGUGGCACUGAUUGCAUUCUUGCCAUUGCCAGCGCAAUUCUCGCGGAUGAAAGGGGUAUCCCAAGGCCAAGCGGUGGCCGAUAGUUUCUACGUGGUUGGAGUUGUAUCACUCAUGGUUUCUUGCUUCUGCUUUAUUGGUCUCCGAGGCUUGGCAGGCGAAGAAGGUAAAGGGUGGCGCCUACUUCUCGGUAGGUCAAUAGCCAGAGACACUGUGGGACAUUCUGGAGGACGAGAAGACACGGAGGAGUUUCAGCCAUAUUGGACACUAAUAUCAGAUUCAACAAUUUUAGGAUUUAAAGAUGCACAAAUAGGUCUUGGUUAUUUAGGAGGAUUUGUCGCACGUGCCUCAUCAGUUGGCAUAUCACUUUUUAUUCCACUUUAUAUUAACUCAUAUUUCAUUGGACAUGGAUUCUGUCAAGGAUCUCCAAAUGAUCCAUCACCUGAACUCAAGAAGGAAUGCCGUAGAGCAUAUGUUCUUGCCGCCGAGUUGACUGGAGCAUCUCAAUUGGUCGCUUUGCUUUGUGCUCCGUUAUUCGGCUAUCUCUCAGAUCGCUACCGUCGUUUCAAUAUACCGCUUCUCACAGCGAGCGUUUUUGGUGUGAUUGGAUACAUAGGUUUUGCUCAGCUUGUUAGCCCUGAACCACAGGAUAUCAAUGGUAGAGGAGGAAGUCCGGUAGUAUUUGUUAUGGUCGCCUUGAUUGGCAUCAGUCAAAUAGGGGCGAUUGUCUGCAGCCUCGGCUUACUAGGAAGGGGUGUGCUUGGUGAGGAAGGUGGCUACAAUUUAUCAUCCCAGCUUCAAGAUGCGAGGAGCGAUGAGAACACUGACUCACGCGACAUAACAACCGAAACAGCACCGCUUCUUGCGCCUCCAUCAUUACCCAAGAACCCUUCAAGAAAACAUCUCAAAGGAUCUAUAGCUGGUGUUUACUCUCUAUCCGGAGGUGCUGCGAUUCUACUACUCACUAAACUUGGUGGUUACCUUUUCGAUAAUCUUUCCACGGGUGCUCCAUUUUAUAUGAUGGCAAUAUUUAACGCAAUACUUCUAGUUGUUGGCAUUGGAGCUGGCGUUUACCGCGAAAUCAGAACAGCUCAAAAACAUCGAUGA